AUGGCUCCAGAACUCAGGAAAAGAAAGUCCGUCUCUGACGUGCAGAAGCCCAACGGCGCUGCUAAGCCUGUCAAGGCCGCCAAGGGCAAGCGGAAGGCCGCCGAAGAUGGAUCGCCCGUGUCACUGAAGAAGCAAAGGUCGGUCAAGAAGGUUGCCGUCACCGCCAAGUCGGUCGAGAAGCCGGCGCAAAAGUCCAAGAAGAGCAAGGCCGUCGAGGAGGUCAAGGUCGUUGAGGAGGAGGAAACCACCACGCUCGACAUCCCCAACGAGUCCGAGUCCGAAGCCGAGGAGAGCAACGAGGUCAAGGCCAUCGUGGAGGAGCUGGACUCUGGUGACGAGGACAUCACUGAGGGCGACGUCGUCUUCAAGCCCGGACAGGAUGUCGGCAAGAUCCCCAAGGUCUCCAAGGCGGUUCAGAAGGCCGCUGAGGGCGCCGACGAGGACGCUGGCGUCAUCUACAUCGGCCGAAUCCCCCACGGUUUCUACGAGCACGAGAUGAGACAGUACUUUGAGCAGUUUGGCACCAUUGUGGCUCUCCGACUUUCGCGCAACAAGAAGACGGGUGCCAGCAAGCACUACGCCUUUGUCAAGUUCGCUGAGGCGACUACGGCUGAGAUUGUCGCAAAGACCAUGGACAACUACCUUUUGUUCGGACACAUCCUCAAGUGCCGAGUCAUCCCCAAGGAGCAGGUGCACGACGACCUCUUCAAGGGCGCCAACCGGCGGUUCAAGCCGGUUCCCUGGAACAAAAUGGCCGGCUAUCAGCUCCAGAAACCCCUGACUGAGGCUGGCUGGACAAAGAAGGUUUCCAAGGAGCAAGGCAGGCGAGCAAAGAAGGCUGUCAAGCUCAAGGAGAUUGGCUACGAGUUUGAGGCGCCUGAGAUCAAGGACGUCCCCCCUCCUGCGCCCAAGGCCAUUGAGAACGGAGAGGAGGUCAAGGCGAUUGAGGCUGCUCCCGCCGAGGAAGAGCCCAAGGAAGAGCCCAAGGUUGAGGAGCCCAAGCCUGAGCCUGAGCCUGUUGUCGAGGAGCCCGAGGUCAAGAAGACCAAGGCAAAGCCAGCCCCCAAGGCAAAGAAGGCCAAGGGGACAAAAGCAAAGGGCCGCAAGGCAAAGGCUUGA